AUGCCUGGCCUUAUCGUUGCUCAGCCUCCCCCGGCUCCCCAUGUCAUUGGUCCUGCAACCAAGAACGUUACCCUUCCAGCUGAACCUCUACCUCAAUAUCUCCUCGACCAAGCCAGAAGCACCCCAAGAGAAGAAUUCCACGCCCCGAAGCACAUCAACUUCCAACCCCCCGCAAACAUUGUUUCUAUGAAGGAGAUUGGACUCGAAGGCCACGGAAUCUCGCCCAAUGCCGUCUCCGAGCCGUUCCGUCUUUUCACCGACGAGGCCGUCCAGCAAAUCCGAGCUGAGGUUUUCAGCGAAGAGGUGUUGAAGGAUUGUCGGUUUGCUUCCACGUUCAAUAAACAGAUGGUCAGAGGGAUGGGGCCCGCUCGAGCUCCGUUCACUUAUGCCGCAUGGAAUUCGCCCGAGCUGAUUGCCGCCGUUUCCAAAGUCGCCGGUAUCGAUGUCGUUCCUUCAUUCGACUUCGAAGUUGCCAACAUCAACAUCUCCGUCAACAGCGGUGACAAACCUGUCGCGGAGCCCAAAAAGGACGAUGGAAAUCCUCUUAGCGAUGGCCUUUCGAGUGUCGCCUGGCACUACGACAGCUUCCCCUUCGUCUGUGUAGUGAUGCUCUCCGAUUGCACCGACAUGGUUGGGGGCGAGACCGCCUUGAGAACCUCCUCAGGUGAAAUCAUGAAGGUUCGCGGGCCUGCGAUGGGCACUGCAGUCGUUCUUCAGGGUCGAUACAUUGAACACCAGGCAUUGAAGGCCCUUGGCGGACGCGAGCGCAUCAGCAUGGUCACAUGUUUCCGUCCCAAGUCCCCUCAUGUUCGCGACGAAACUGUCCUCACCGGAGUCCGGGGCAUCAGCCACAAGUCUGAAAUGUAUACCCAGUACACCGAGUACCGCCUCGAAAUUCUAGAGGAACGCAUCCGCGCCAAGCAGAAGAGUGAGAGGUUGCGAGUGGCAGCUCGUCGCCCCUUUCACACGGAAGAAAUCCGCCAGUGGCUGAACGAGCAAAAAGCAUUCAUUGAGUCGACGCUGGAGGAAUUGACUGGGGAGUAA